AUGGCCGGAUCCCCGUCAACCAUCAAAGUCGCCGUCACUCAGGCCGAGCCUGAGUGGCUGGAUCUUGAAAAGGCCGUGAAAAAGACAUGCGCUCUCAUUGAAGAGGCAGCAUCCAACGGCGCCAAGAUCGUCACCUUUCCCGAAUGCUGGAUCACUGGUUACCCUGCGUGGAUUUGGUCCCGCCCCGUCGACUUCGUCCUGGCCAACACCUACAUCAAGAACGGCCUGCAAAUCCCCUCUCCGGAGCUCGACUCCAUCCGCGCCAUGGCCAAGGCCAACGCGAUCGGCGUCGUACUCGGCUUCAGCGAGAACCACCAGAACUCGCUCUACAUCGCGCAAGCCAUCAUCGGCCCCGACGGCGCAUUGCUCACGCACCGGCGCAAGAUCAAGCCCACGCACAUGGAGCGCACCAUCUUCGGCGACGCCGCGGGCGGGCCCGACACGCUGGAGAACUGCGUGCCCAUGACCCUCUCAUCUUCCUCCGACUCCUCCUCUUCCUCUUCCGCCACUCCCGUCAAGGUCUCAGCGCUGGCCUGCUGGGAGCACGCGCAGCCGCUGCUCAAGUACCACACCGCGCUCGCGCGCCCGACCUUCCACGCCGCAGCCUGGCCGCCCGUCUACGCGCACGGCGGCGCUUACGUCGACCCGACCCUGUGGUCCAUGUCGCGCGAAGGGUGUCGGAACCUGUCGCAGACGUUCGCGGUGGAAUCGCAGGCGUUCGUGCUGCACUCGACGGCCGUGCUGACGGCCAAGGGCAUCGACCGCAUGGGCACCGCCGGCACGCCCAUCAUGGGCAGGCCUGGCGGCGGGAGCUCCGCCGUGUAUGGGCCGGAUGGGCGCAAGCUGACGGAGGAUCUGCCGGAGGAUCAGGAGGGGAUUUUGUAUGCGGAGUGCGAUGUGGAUGAGAUUUUGAAGGCGAAGGGGUUCAUUGAUCUGGGUGGGCAUUACAGCAGGCCUGAUAUUCUGUGGCUGGGUGUGGACGCUAAGGCGAAGAAGCAUUCGGUUGCGAAGGAAAAGGGUCAGGAGGAGGCUUGA